CGCAGGGAAAGUCCCCGAGGGCAGAGGCGGAUCCGUAAGCAGUAGCUGCGCUCGGCUCCUGCGCUCAGGGCAGCGGCUCCACUGCACCCGCCCCGCUCCGCGCCAUGCAGACGGUCCUGAAGUGGCUGCUGGGCAUCCUGGGGGUCGCCGCCGUCGUCACGGCCAUCGCCGUGCCGCUAGCGCUGCUCACCGGCAAAAGUACCUCUGAGUCUGAUUCACGAAGAACAUACACUCUACAGAAUUACUUGAACAAUGACUAUAGUUACAGAACAUAUAAUUUGGAGUGGAUUUCGGGAAAUCAAUAUCUUCACAAAACAGCUGAUGGGGAUGUCUUACGUGUCGAUGCUGACAAUGGAACAUCCUCAGUAAUCUUGGCAAAUACAACACUAGACAAAUACAAUGCAACCACAGUUAUAUUGUCUCCUGACCAAAAGUUUGCUCUUCUGCAGUACAGCUAUACAAAGUUGUGGAGGCAUUCCUAUACAGCUUCGUAUCACAUUUAUGAUUUCAGUAACAGUUCUAUCUUAGAUGACGGACUGCUGCCUAAUGAUACACAGUAUAUUUCCUGGUCACCUGUUGGUCACAAGCUGGCGUAUGUUUGGAAUAAUAAUGUUUAUAUAAAAGAUUCACCAGCAGCAGAAUCCGUGCAAAUCACUAACAGUGGAGAAGAAAAUAAAAUUUUCAAUGGAAUACCAGAUUGGGUUUAUGAAGAGGAAAUGUUUAGCAGCCGUUUUGCUCUGUGGUGGUCUCCAAAUGGCAAGUUUUUGGCAUAUGCAACAUUUAAUGACACUGAAGUUCCUGUCAUAGAGUAUUCCUUUUAUUCUGAGGACACCUUGCAGUAUCCAAAGACUGUUAGAUUCCCAUAUCCCAAGGCAGGAGCUACAAAUCCAACCGUGCAGUUCUUUAUUGUGGAUACCACAACACUUCCUGCUUUCCACCCUGCUGAAAUUUCUCCACCAGAAGAAAUAGAAACAGAGGAUCAUUAUUUGAGCGUUGUCACAUGGGUGACAGACGAGAGGAUCUGUGUGCAGUGGCUCAGAAGAAUUCAGAAUUUUUCAGUCCUUGCAGUCUGUGACUUUGAAAACACUACUGGAAAUUGGUCAUGUCCACGGGAAAAACAACUCACGGAAGAAAGUACCAGUGGCUGGAUUGGCAGAUUUCAGCCAUCUGUCCCUCUCUUUGCACCCGACAAUGCUACCUACUACAAAGUCUUCAGCAAUGCAGAGGGUUACAAGCACAUCCAUUACAUAAAUGGCUCACACGCUCCAGUACCUAUUACUGCAGGAAAAUGGGAAGUAAUCAGCAUAGGAGCUGUAACCAGUAACUUUUUAUACUACAUUAGUAAUGAAAACGGUGGAAAGCCAGGAGGAAGAAAUCUUUAUAAAGUGCUCUUGGAAAGCAGUCCAAAUUCUACUAAAUGUGUUAGUUGUGAUCUGAAUCCAGAAAGAUGCCAGUAUUAUUCUGUGUCCUUCAGCAAAGAUGCACAGUAUUAUCAGCUAAAUUGUCGUGGUCCUGGCCUGCCCAUGUCUACUCUGCACAGAAGCAGCGAUGAUCAAGUCCUCAGAUACUUGGAAAAUAACACUGAACUGGAAAAUUCGUUGAAAGAUAUUCAGAUGCCUUCAAAAAUACUUGACUACAUCAGCGUGAGUGGAUACAACCUGUGGUAUCAAAUGAUAUUGCCUCCCCAUUUUGAUUCAUCAAAGAAGUACCCUCUGCUCCUUGAUGUGUACGCAGGACCCUGUAGUCAGAAAGCAGAUUACACCUUCCAGAUCAACUGGGCUACUUACCUUGCAAGCACUGAGAAGAUCAUUGUGGCCAGCUUCGAUGGCAGAGGAAGUGGGUACCAAGGGGAUGACAUUAUGCAUGCAAUAAACCGAAGGCUGGGAACAUAUGAGGUGGAAGAUCAAAUAGAAGCAGCCAGAAAAUUUUCUGAAAUGAGCUUUGUUGAUGGGCAAAGAAUAGCCAUUUGGGGUUCGUCUUACGGGGGAUACGUGACCUCCAUGGUGCUUGGCUCUGGAAGCGGCGUGUUCAAGUGCGGAGUAGCGGUUGCCCCCGUGUCACGUUGGCAAUAUUAUGAUUCAAUAUACACGGAGCGAUACAUGGGCCUUCCUACAGCAAGUGACAAUCUGAAUAACUAUAAUAGUUCAACAGUAAUGGCCAGAGCCGAAAAAUUCAAGGAAGUUGAGUAUCUCCUUAUUCACGGAACAGCAGAUGAUAAUGUUCACUUUCAGCAUUCAGCACAGAUUUCCAAAGCUCUCGUGGAUGCUGAAGUGGAUUUUCAGGCAAUGUGGUACACCGACAAAGACCAUAGCAUCAGUGGUCAAGCACGCAAGCACAUGUAUACCCAUAUGACCCGUUUCAUCAAGCAGUGCUUCUCACUUCCCUAGCACCAGUGAUGGCCCUUCUCCAGAAAACUCUCUGAUGUACACUGAGCCAGUAUACACUUUUAUAAAUCAAGAUGAGAUAAGGGUCAGUUUCUGGGUUACAUCUGUACAUAAUGAAAUGCUAGUCUUUGUAAUGAAGUGUUAAUCUUUUAUAAUGAUGUCUGUUGUCAAGCAACUAUUGCAUUUUUAUUGACUGUGUUUAAUCAGGUCUUAACAGCACCAGAAUUUAGGUAUGCCACGGACUUCUGGACAGCAUGGUACUUGCUCGACUUUUAAACUGAAAUAUCAAAAGGUAAAAAGAGAAGCAGUCUCAUUUCUGUAUCAGGGUAAUGAAUGAUGAAAAUGACACAGGGGAACCAAGGUGGAGAACAGUUGAGGAAUAAAAAUUCCUAUAUUUCCAACAAAAAGAAAAUGAACCUUUUGGUCAGUUCUGUGAAAAUACUUAUAAGAGUUUAAACAGAUUUUGCAGAAAUUACCUAAUGCUUGAUCAAUUUUUAAAACAGUACCAGGAAUAUUGUAAUGUUAAUAUUUUCUCUGCAGCAUUAAACACUUUUGUUUACUGCAGUUCCCGAAUUAGUAUGUUUCCCUGCAACCUCUUGAAUUACAGUUGUAAAAGUCUUGCAAGGACAGCAUGUAACCAGCUUUCACCAGAGAUAUCCAAUGAUACCUCUUCAAACCAAUGGCACUGAAUUUAUUUCCCAUCAUCGUACUGUCGUUUUGGCUUACUUUAUAGUCAAAAAAAGGCUGCUACUGUGGGAAUCUGCUCUGGUAACAGCUGGGAACUGCAGCAGCCCACAAUUGUUUUUUCUAUGGGACAGAAAAAUCUUUGGCUUACGGGUUUCCUGUUUACUAAUGAAUAGGCUGUAUUCCUUGCACUCAAAUGUAAACAUUACAAUGCAGACUACCAGUCGCUGAAAGCAAGUCCUGAACUGUUCACUCUUGUGUGAAUAUGCUGUUUAGCAAACCUGCUUUUCUUUACAGCCUAGCAGUAAACUUCUACUUUGUCUUCAGCACUCCAGGUAGCUUCUCCAUCUGAAGAUCGAUCAGUUUUCUUAUUUUUACAGAGAUAGAAAAGAUGCAACCCCACUUGUACUACAAACUGUGCUGCCUUAAUAUAAUAAAGAUAUUAACCUAUGAAA